CCACUCCGAAUCCUCUCCUUCUAUAAAAUAUUGUGUACCCUCAUCUGCAUAAGACAGGCUUCACCUCACACAUUCAGACCUCUGCCACAGCAUUAAGCCAGCAAUCAAUAAUAACCGCAUAUAAGCAACCAUGGAAACAGGUCUCUCAGCACCGUUGAGUCCCUUGACCCCGCACCCGCGAUUAGGGUGGAUUGGUCUAGGAUCAAUGGGUCUUGCCAUGGCAAGCAACCUGCAGAAACACCUCGUCAAACUCAGUGCACCGAAUCUGCAGUACUACAAUAGGACAUUAUCACGCGGCGCCCCCCUUUCAGAGAUCGGAGGGCUGGCACGCUCCAAUGUCAAGGAUAUUGCCAAUAAUACUGAUAUAAUCUUCAUGUCCCUCAGCGAUGACACGGCGCUCGAAGCAACUCUAGAUGCAUUACUCGAAAUCCCCGCAUCAAUUGACUUGACUGGCAAAGUUAUUGUGGACACGUCCACCGUCCACCCAUCCUCGUCGGCAACAGCGAGAGAUCGUCUGGCAGAUAGGAACGCAAAGUUUGUCGCAGCUCCUGUGUUCGGCGCAAGUCCUGUGGCUGCGGAAGGAAAGCUGUUAUGGAUCAUCGCAGGGCCUCGCGACGCUGUGGAUAGGAUUGGCCCCUUCAUCAUUGGCGUCAUGGGAAGGGGUAUCAUUCGGCUCGGCGAAGAUGUACAGCAGUCUAGCAUGAUGAAGACGGCCGGGAACUUCAUGACCGCAGGGAUGAUGGAGCUUGUCGCUGAAGCUCACGUCUUUGCCGAAAAGACGGGACUUGGCACUGGGGCGAUGGAAAAGCUUAUUGAACAGCAAUACGGACCACUGGCUCUAUCAAUAUCAAAACGGAUGACAACAGGAGCCUACAUGCCACCACGGGGCGAAAGACCCAUGUCGGACUUGACACUGGCUUUGAAAGACGUUGGCCACGGCAUUGAUUGCGCAGAGAAGGCCGGUGCACAACUGAAAGUUGGAGAGGUCGUUUUGCAACAUCUUCAAGAGGCAAAAAGGUUCUCGGAAACUGAUAGAAGGCAGCUUGAUUCCUCGUCCGUGUACGGUGUCUUGAGAGCAGAGUCUGGGUUGCCAUUUGAAACUGUGAUCGUCAGGGGGAGGGACGAUUUUCAAUCCUCAACCUUAAACACUGGGGAUGCCGAUCACCCGGAAUAUUGAAUCCUGGCAGAGGUAAACUGUUGUGUCGGGCUUCGUAUAAAACAGCCCGAUUGUUAUUAGCGUUUGGUACGUCAAUGAAAACAGGUGAAAAGUAAGAGUAAGGCACAGUUCAGGCGAUGUCGACUGUAGCGGUCUUCACGGCCCUGAGUACUAGCAUCAAGGCAAUUCCGUUCGGCAAAACAUUUUCUCAUCAUACCUCUAAGGGCCUGAUCGGCUGUGAAAAGGGGAAAACUUGCCUACAGUCGCAUGACUUCGAUUUCAGUAAAUAACAAUAAAUG